UCGUUGUCCGUCCCCGCUAUCAUUUAUGAUAAUGUGUCGAUCGAGGACAACUACAGGCCAGGAAGGAAUUACUUGGCUCUGAAAAAUUACGGUGGAACCAUUGAUAUUAUCUUCUCUAUUCCUUACUCCAUGGAUGGGGAAAGGAACGGAACUAUGGAGUUGAUUUUAAAUCACAUGAGGGAAGCUACUGGAGGCAUCGUCGACAUCAGUCUGAACAACCGAUUGCUCUUUCCGAGAUAUUCCAAUACCACAACCAAAUUCGAGGCCCAGAAUCUGGGUUCGUUGCACCUAUCUUCAUUGACAGGAGAGAACACGUUAUCCAUCUCACUGUCACUGGGAGAACAAGGGAAUUACUAUUUCUCUGAUGCUGCUUUGGUUUUCAAAGAUAACAAUGGAUACGUGAAACAGGAGAAUUCUGUAUAUGCUGUCGGACUCUCUUCUGGUUCAUCCUAUAAUGGUGGGAGCCUGGAGGAUAGUCUCAGGAAGGGGAAUCCAUACCUCUCCAUAGAGGGGGGUGCUUCUUGGUCCAAGAUCAUUUUCACAGUCAGGGAAGAGCUGUUAGGAAUAGGAAAUUGUAUAAUGAAGAUUCAACACAGAAGGGAGUCUGGAACAACCAUCGAUGUCUUCCUUAAUGGAAAUCAGAUUGAGGCAGGAUAUGACGAUAUACCAAUCGGUUCAUUUGGUACCUCCAGCUUCUAUGUUCACAGUAGUGAUUUAGAGAAGAGCAAUGAGCUGGUCAUCAAGCCAAACAAUGGGAAGUACUACAUUUCUGAUGUUAAUCUUGAUGUGGUUUCACUCCUCCCAGACAUUACUCAAAAAAACUUUGAAACCUAUAUCAAGGAUUGGGUUCUCCACCACAGAAAAAACAUAGGACAACUUAACAAGAUUCCUCGAGAAGAUCUUGCAGCCUGGAAGUUUGUUCAUGAAGCACCUUACUGGUUCUUCAUCCCAUUUCUUCCCUGCUCACCAGAAGAGAUCAGUGUGCUCUUUGACUACUACAACAUGAUGUUUGUUUCUGUGGCCUUCGAAAUCAGG